AUGGGAGGAAGAGCAGAAGCCGGCGGCGGCGGUGAAGAAAGAGCAGAAGCCGCCGCUGGCGGUGAAGAAAGAGCAGAAACCGCCGCCGGCGGUGAAGAAAGAGCAGAAGCCGCCGCUGGCGGUGAAGAAAGAGCAGAAAGCGGCGCCGCCGCAAAGAAAAGAGGAGGAGGAGGAGAUGGUGGCGGAGGAAGAGGGAAAGGAGGAGGUGGUAGAGGAGGAGGAAGAAGAGAAGUCGGGGUUUGA